AUGAAGUUCAAGAAGGUGUUGAUGAAUGAGUUUGAGAUGACUGAUUUGGAAAAUAUGGUAUAUUUUCUAGGGAUGAAGAUUAUGUACACUGAGAAUGGCAUCAUUUUACAUCAGCUGAAGUAUGAACUUAAACUUGUGAAGAGAUUUGAGCUGAUGAAUUGCAAGUAUGAAAUCACACAUGCUGAAACAAAUCACAAGUUGGAUUCUGAUGUUGAGGGUGAUGAUGUAAAUGCUACAACUUCUAAACAAUUGGUAGGAUUAUUGAGAUAUCUUUGUAAUACCAGACCUGAUACUUUCUAUGUAGUUGGAAUGGUGAGUAUCUUUAUGAACAAACCAAAUUGGGCACUUUACCAAGUUGUUGUCAGGAUACUGAGGUAUAUUAAGGGCACUCUGAAGUAUGGAGUUUGUUCCCUUGUGAUGUUGAAACUGAGUCAGAGCUGA